UGGGGCUUGGAGUUUUGAUUUAUUCUUUUUCCUGCUGAGCUGGAGUUUUUUUGGGGGCAAAUAUUCCCCCCAUCAUUUUUGUGAGAAAUCUGAAGCUUACCCCCAUAGAGGUGGUGCCUGUACUCCUGGAAUUAAUGGUGGAGUAUAUUGCUUGCAUUUUGCCUUGUCUUUCCUCCAUUUGGAAAAAAUGUAUGAACGACAUAAGAGGCGCUACAGCUUAUGUGACAUCUCCAAGGUGGACAGGACAGUGGAUGUGGUUCUAUUGAAGAUAAACCGGGAAAGCUGGUGUACAAUAGAGCCAUGCCCAGAUCCAUCACUGUUGGCUUCCAAACAGAACCCAGAAUGUGAGAACUUCUUGGAAGUUGGAAUGGGUGGCAAGUGUGCCUCAUCCCAGGGUGUACUUAAAAGACAAUCUGGCAGUGAUUCUGACCUCUUCCCCUCACCCAGUGAUGAAAUGGAUGACAGCAUUAUCUUUACAAAGCCUGAAGAGGAGCAAUCAGUCUGUGAUAUCACUGGGUCCAGCUCUUCCACAGAUGACACAGCCUCCCUGGACCGGCACUCUUCCCAUGGCAGUGACAUCUCCCUUCCCCAAAUUCGGAACCUGAACAGGACCAAGGAUCGGCAGAGCCUCGAUGGGUUCUAUAGCCACACGGUAGGAGUUGAAGGACAGGAAAGUGAGAGUGAACCUGCUGGCUCAGGUGAAAUGGAAGAAGAAGAGAUGGAUAGCAUCACCGAAGUGCCCCCAAACUGCUCUGUCCUGAGAAACUCUAUGCGUUCUCUGUCCCCUUUCCGGAGACACAGCUGGGGACCAGGGAAAAAUGCCGCCAGUGAUGCCGAGAUGAAUCACCGAAGUUCAAUGCGAGUUCUUGGGGAUGUUGUCAGGAGGCCUCCCAUUCAUAGGAGAAGUAUGAGCUGGUGUCCCUCUGGCGUACAAUACUCUGCUACCCUGAGUGCUGACUUUAAUUGUAGAAGUUUCAGUUUAGAAGGCCUAUCUGGAGGAGCUGGGGAUAGCAGUAAGCCAUCCUCAGCUUUGGAUGCAAACUCUGCAAGCUCAAAAGAGCUGAGGCGAAGCCCCUUCAGUGGCGAGGAACGUGGUGGCUCUUUGGUGUCACUCACAGAAGAGGACUUGGAGUCAGACCAGAGAGAGCACAGCAUGUUUGACCAUAAGCCACGCCAGAGAUCCAAGCAACAGGGAUUUAAUUAUUGUACAUCGGCCAUUUCUUCUCCGUUGACAAAGUCCAUCUCAUUAAUGACAAUUAGCCAUCCUGGACUGGACAAUUCACGACCCUUCCACAAUACCAGCACUAAUUUGACCGAAAGUGUAACUGAACAGGCCUUUAGCUUUGUUCCACAAAGCCCUUCCAAGAAAGAUUUUGAAGAGAAAAGUGGAACAAAAGUCAGUCGCACUUUCAGCUACAUCAAGAAUAAAAUGUCCAGCAGUAAGAAGAGCAAAGAGAAGGAGAAGGACAAAGACAAGAUUAAGGAGAAAGAUAAAGAUUCCAAAGAGAAGGAGAAGGACAAGAAGACGUUGAACGGACAUACGUUUGCUUCCAUCCCUAUUGUGGGGCCAAUCAGUUGCAGCCAGUGUAUGAAAGCUUUCACCAACAAAGAUGCUUACACAUGUGCAAAUUGCGGUGCUUUUGUCCACAAAGGCUGUAGAGAAAGUCUGGCUUCUUGUGCAAAGGUCAAAAUGAAGCAACACAAAGGAAGCCUUCAGGCCCAUGACACUUCCUCGCUUCCUACAGUCAUUAUGAGGAAUAAACCUUCACAACCCAAAGAACGCCCACGUUCUGCAAUUCUUGUGCCUGAUGAGACCUCUGUGGCCCCAUUGUUCUCUAGCAGGCGGUCGCAGCAGUGUGCCUCACUUUCCAAAAGUGUCUCUAUACAGAAUAUUGCUGGAGUUGGCAAUGAUGAGAGCAUGGCAAACACCUGGAAAUUCCUGUCCCAUUCAACAGACUCUUUAAAUAAAAUCAGCAAGGUCAAUGAGUCCACAGAGUCACUCACUGAUGAGGGAACUGAUAUGAAUGAAGGACAACUCAUGGGAGAUUUUGAAAUGGAUUCCAAACAGCUGGAGGCAGAAUCCUGGAGCCGGAUAGUAGAUAGCAAGUUUUUGAAACAACAAAAGAAGGAUAUAGUCAAGCGGCAAGAGGUGAUUUAUGAGUUGAUGCAGACAGAAUUGCAUCACAUCCGCACUUUGAAGAUCAUGAGUGAUGUGUAUAGCCGAGGAAUGAUGACAGACCUACUCUUUGAGCAGCAGAUGGUGGAAAAGCUGUUCCCGUGUUUGGAUGAACUCCUCAGUAUCCAUAGCCAGUUCUUUCAGAAAAUUCUGGAAAGAAAGAAGGAAUCCCUGGUGGAAAAAAGUGAAAAGAAUUUUCUCAUCAAAAGGAUAGGAGAUGUCCUUGUGAAUCAGUUUUCAGGUGAGAAUGCAGAGCGCCUAAAGAAAACAUAUGGCAAAUUUUGUGGUCAGCACAACCAGUCUGUGAACUAUUUCAAAGACCUUCACACUAAGGAUAAGCGCUUUCAGGCCUUUGUAAAGAAGAAGAUGAGCAGUGCAGUUGUUAGGAGGUUGGGUAUCCCAGAAUGCAUUUUACUUGUAACCCAGCGCAUUACCAAAUAUCCAGUUUUGUUACAAAGAAUAUUACAGUGUACCAAAGAAAAUGACUUAGAACAGGAAGAUCUGGCCCAGUCUCUGAGCCUGGUGAAAGAUGUGAUUGGAGCAGUGGACAGCAAAGUUGCAAAUUAUGAAAAGAAAGUCCGUCUCAAUGAGAUUUACACCAAGACAGACAGCAAGUCGAUUAUGAGGAUGAAGAGUGGACAGAUGUUUGCCAAGGAAGAUUUGAAACGAAAAAAGCUUGUUCGAGAUGGGAGUCUCUUCCUGAGGAGUGCAGCAGGGAGACUGAAAGAGGUUCAGGCAGUUCUACUCACUGACAUUCUGGUUUUCCUUCAAGAAAAAGACCAGAAGUAUGUCUUUGCAUCACUGGACCAGAAAUCAACGGUGAUCUCAUUAAAGAAGUUGAUUGUACGAGAAGUAGCCCAUGAAGAGAAGGGCUUAUUCCUAAUCAGUAUGGGAAUGAAGGAUCCAGAGAUGGUUGAAGUCCAUGCCAACUCUAAGGAGGAACGAAACAGUUGGAUUCAAAUCAUUCAAGAUACUAUCAAUGCCCUGAACAGAGAUGAAGAUGAAGGAAUCCCCAGUGAAAAUGAGGAAGAAAAGAAAUUGUUGGAUGCGAAAGCCCGAGAAUUAAAAGAGCAACUCCAACAGAAAGAUCAGCAGAUCUUAACUCUGUUGGAGGAAAAGGAGAUGAUUUUCCGAGAUAUGACAGACUGCAGUACGCCUUUAUCAGAAGACAGUUCACCAACUCAUGGCUCCAGGGUACUGUUCAGGUCCAACACUGAAGAGGUUCCCAAAGGAGGGCCCAUCAUGAAAAGUGCAAUAAAUGAGGUGGAGAUGCUACAAGGCCUGGUGAGUGGCAGCCUUGGGGGCACACUUGGACAGUCCGUCAGCAGCACCUUGGAGCAAGAAGGAGGAAUAGUUGGCCCAGUUUCUUUACCUCGGAGAGCAGAAACCUUUGGAGGGUUUGACAGCCACCAGAUGAAUGCCUCAAAAGGUGGUGGUGAAAAGGAAGAUGGAGAUGAUGGCCAAGAUCUUCGGAGGACAGAAUCAGACAGUGGUCUAAAAAAGGGUGGAAAUGCUAAUGUGGUAUUUGUGUUGAAAAGAAACAGUGAGCAAGUUAUCCAGAGUAUUGUUCAUCUACAUGAACUUCUUAGUGCUCUGCAGGGUGUGGUGUUACAGCAGGAUAGCUACAUUGAGGACCAAAAGUUGAUGCUCAGUGAGAGGGCAAUAACCCGGGGCUCCUCCAGACCGAGCUCUCUGAUUGAGCAAGAAAAGCAGAGGAGCCUAGAAAAGCAGCGACAGGAUUUGGCCAAUCUGCAGAAGCAACAGGCUCAGCACCUGGAGGAGAAACGCAGGCGGGAGAAAGAAUGGGAGGCCCGAGAGAAAGAACUGAUGGAACGGGAAAUGCGGCUGACCCAGUGGGAGGAGAAAGUCCAGAGGGGGCAGCUGGAUCUGGACAAGGAUCGAGAAGAGCUCCAACAGAAGAAAGCAGCAUAUCAGUCUGACCUGGAGCGACUCCGAGCUGCCCAGAAGCAGCUCGAGAGGGAACAAGAGCGAGUGAAGAGAGAGACGGAGAGAUUAACCCAAAGGCAGGCAGAGCAUGAUGCUGAUCAGGUUUCACAUCAACACAGUAAAUUGAUGCGGAUCCCAGCCUUCUUCCACAACCCUGAAGAGCCUUCCCAGCUAACAGCAUCUUCCAUAUCACAGUCAGGGUCUUUGGACUCAGAACUUUCUAUAUCCCCCAAGAGAAACAGCAUCUCCCGGACACACAAAGACAAAGGUCCGUUCCACUUACUCAGUUCCACCAGCCAGGCAAGUAAAGUAUCAGAGGGGCAGAGCCAAGUCCCGGUCUCCACCUCUGCCUCCACACGCCUCUUCGGUUUAGCAAAGCCAAAGGAAAAGAAGGAGAAGAAGAAGAAGAGCAAGGGAGGCCAUUCUCAGCCAGGUGAUGGCCAUUCACCUGAAGCACCAGCAGAAGGUGAAGAGAUCUUCUGCUGAUGGUUGAAUUUUUUGUUCUACCAAGAUAGAAACUAUUGGAAUCUGACCCCAUCAUCACCAGCUCUGCCUUCUCCACUGCUGGCACGUGGGCUUUACACCAUGGGAACUUUCCUUCUCUUUGUUGUUAAGAAACACAUGACAGUGCUCUCCUGGAUCCUGGAUUUGAUGGAAAUAAUUAAAUUGAGUAUUGGGGCAGGGAGGGGAUCCAGUCUGCUUUGGCCGUGACUUGUGAAUACCAAGGACUUAAGGAUGGAGGGGAUGGGUGGUACUCCCGCUCAGGAUGUAAACACCUGUCACCAGCGGGAGUGUGUGUAGGAGGGUUUUACCAGGUGACAAAACCCUUCCUUGGAUGUUAAAAGUAUGAAAACAUACAUGCCUCUAAAUUUGUUUUAUCUGGGGAUGACAGCUGAAAAACAGCAUGCCAUUCAGUCCUUGCAGUGUGACCUGUAUGUAUGUACACAUGUAUGGAUUUCAUGUGUAUGUACAUAUAUCUGUAAGUUGUGCAUAGCAUGUAGAGAGAAGUUGGGUUAGCUUAGCUCAGCCCAAAAGGAAGAUACCUGAUGAUUAUCAGGUAGCAUGUAGAUAUUAAAUAUCUCACCCUUUGGUUGCCCUUUCUCCCCAUUUCUUGCACCCUUCCUUCCUGUUUUGCCUUUAUUUCUUCAUUUUAGGAGGGAAGUCUGACUAUGGUAUGAAAAGAGAGGGAAAGAAAGCCUUAUAUUUGUAAUUGGGUGUAUUGUGCAGCAUCUGGAUAUUGAUGGUUUGUUGGGAUCCCCAAAGGAUGUUAUUCACCUCUAUCCUUAUAUUCCAGAGAGGCUUAGAAAAAUGAAAACUCAUCAGUUGGCUUUCCAAAAUGUUUGUCUGCACAGAUGGCAUGUAGAGUUAUCACCUACCAAGGGAACACAUCCCGUGUCAGCUUUAAUUUUCUGAGCAAGAAGACAUUUGUUUGUUUGUCACUGAUUAUUCAAAUCUGGUUGACAUCUCCUGGAACUAUUCCUGCGAACCUUCCAUGUGAAGUAAUUAAUGUUUCCGAUCCUAAUAAGUAUAACUGGACUGGAUGACAGUCCUUUGCUCUAAAAGAGUAUAAUGAGUGUCUUGGCAGCAUUCAAAAUCAGCAGCCACUCCCUUGCUCUCUAAGCCUGACUUUUCCAGUGAAGUGUAUUAGCAUCAAAGAUAGGCACCACCUGUACUUUGGUCCAGCUGUGUAUAUUCAUCUCCCAGCCCCAUGCCACGAGUAUCAGCUGGCUACCAGAGGGCUCCGGCUCAGGGAGUGAGGACAGGCACAUUGGCGUUUGUGAGCCCAUGUAUUGGCAUUUCAUGAAUAAAGAUAAGAAAGGGGCUGACAGAAAAAGAAGAAAAAAAACAGUUUCCGAAUUCGGUGUUUCACAGAAUUCUUCAGGAGACCUUAGCAGAUUUUGAAUUCUUGAGAAUAAAAAAGAAAGAAGGAAAAGAAAGUAGAGGACAACUGAAUGGCUAUUGUCUCCUUACUGUUUUGGAGCAAGUAAUCAUAUCUGCUGCUUUUUUUUAUUCCCCCCACUAUGUUUUGAUUUGUGAUUGCUUGAAGCUUUCCCGCUAACUGUUCUGUGGAGAACAGUUCAUUGGCUGUUUUUUUUUCUUUUUUUUUUCCCCUUCAAAUCAACCACAACAGUAGCCUUUGAAGGCUCCACAUACAGUAUGUGGUCCCCCCAGUAUAGGCGGACUGCAAAAUAUUCUGUUCUUCAAGUGAGGUCCUUGACACCCAUUUCCCCUCAGGAGCAUGGGGGCUUUGAAAAUACUUUUUUUUUCUUUUUCUUUUUUAAACAAAACUAUUACUUGGUGCUUGUUAAUGAAUUGCAAGCUGGCCUUGCAGAUUGGAGAUAUUUAUCUUUCUGUUUUUUUGAAAGAAGUCUGGUUUAAAAAAAUUUUAGUUUAGUUUUAUUUAUUUUAUUUUUUUUAAGGAUAUACAUAUUAUCCCAAUGGUUAGAACUCUGUCUCACUAAUGCAAAAAGUGAGAUGAUACCACUUCUCACUCCUCAGUGUGCUACUUAAAAUGAGUAAAUCUUUCACCUGGGGCUGCCUUUAAGGCCGAGUAACUCUGAAGAUGAAAAUGAAGAGGGAAAAGGAAAGAAUCAUACUCCUUUCUUUCUCCCUUCCCAUCUCUCCCUUCUUCAUUUCUUGACAGAGAAAAGGGACUAUCUUGUUUCUUGGGUUAACAGUUCAAGAAACUUGCCACCUCUUAGCUCUAUUUAUUCCCUUUGACUUCUUGUGCUUUCCUACCUUUCUGACACAGGGAUGUAAAAUCAAAUCUGUUCUGUGAAUCUUCAGCAAGAAUUCGCCAAAACAAAAAUACAGAAAGCAGAGUACUUCAUUCCCCAUGCACCCUUAGAUUAAAGAGUAUUUGUUGAGGAGAGACUUUGAGCCCCUACAAAGUGGAAACAAAGUAACCCUUAUCAAAUCCACUAUUACAGAACUUUUUUUUUUCAUGCUAGCUAAAUGGGUCCAGCCGCUUACUUAGCAUCCCAUGCCUUACAGUGUCUUGAUCUCCCAUAAAUAGGAUAGCAUGGUCUUAGAAGGACAGAAGAGUGGAAAAAACUCAGUUCUCAGCUGGGCGGCUUCAGCCCCAAUGUAAAUACAACUACAAUAUGUGCAAUAUUGAAAUGAAAUUGACAUUUCUAUAGCUCCUCUGUAUCAAAGUGUGUAUAGUAGUAAGCUGUCCGUACGCCUCUUCCCCCCCCCCCACCAUACUCCUCAAGGCAGAUCUGGGUUUAAAACAGAAAAAGUGUUAGUACUGAUCAAAUUUCUCUUCUCAAAUGGGCUGUUCUAAACAGAAACACAUUUAAAUAAUUAUACAUUGCUGCACAAUUGGAUUUAGUUUGAUUUGAAAGUCCCCAUCAAGUUGUAAUAUUUUGUUUAUUUCUUUCAUUUAGGAAAUGGGGACUUUUUUUUUUUUCCUUAAAACCACUGAUUUGGUUCUUAUUAGAUAGGUUCAGAACCAGGACACAGGUAGGCAGUCUCCCUGCACUUUACCCAGAGCUACCCAGCUUCACGCAUGAUUACAAUUGCUGUGUUAAGGGAAGUCCACUUUUCCAGAGGGUCCACUUCUGUGUGCCUUGGUCAGCUCUUAGCCCCUUUGAAAUGGAACUCUCAGUGGUUUCACUCUAAGCUUAGGGAAUUAACUUGCUGCUUAUGCUCUUUACUUGGUGUGAAAUUCACCUUGAGAUCUGAUCCUGGUUCUAAAAAAUGGAGAGAAGUUGGACUGACCCCAUCUGGCUUUCUGUACUGUGACAAGGUUUAGUUUUUAUGGUGACUGGGUUUUUGGGUUCUACAGUUUUCCUUGCCCCUGGUAUAGGAUGAUAUACUUCCCUGCCAGGACAAAGCAAAGAUGCCGAAGGGGGAUUGGUUAGCAGAUUAUCAGAGUAUUUGGGGUAGAGACCUUACAGAUAAUAGUGCCUAGUUUUCCAGAAUCAAGUGGAUUUCAUGGAAUCAGGUUUCACCUUCAGUUAAACAUUAAAUUAUCAUCUCGGUAAUUUUUAUCACAGUUUAUACUGCCAUAUGCACUUUAAAAUCUCUUGUCAGUAGCUUGAUUAUGAGACAAUCAAAUUUGUAUAAAUCCUUUUUCUUUGAAAUUGAGGUUAGAAACUGCCAAAGCCAGAAAUGCUGCAGACAAUUCAACAUUUGCCAACACUUUUACCCCUCUCUGCCCCCUAGGUGAGCUUGUGGGGACAGAAUCAUUCUCAAAAAACCAUUCACUGUUUGAGUCCAAAGGAAAGAAGAGGUAAACUAUAUACCUUUUGUCUUCCAUGUCUCGGGGUAAUACCACUGACAAGUUAUCCCUUUGAUAACUGUCCUUCCUCCACCCACCCACCCCCCGGCCCCCAAUCCAUGAUCCUUUUCAGGAGUUCAGUGUAGUAUUAAAGAGAGGUAUAAAGGCCUGGUAUUUCUUAUUUGUUAUUGAAAUUAAAUCAGUGCCCCAUCAAACGAGUUAAGACUAAUGAUCUGGGAACACUUUCUUUGCUCCUGGUAUUAUUGCCUAUGUACAAGUACUUUGUAUCUGUCUCCUUUUAGAUUAUAGCCCCUCUGAUUCUUACUCUUGCCUCCCAAGGAUAUGUAGUGUGUGUUAGAGCAGAAACUAUCAAACAAGUGAAUAAAGAGAAAGGCAGUCAGAUUGAGAACAGGGCACUUAGGCCCCCAAAAAACUGUCUUGAAUCCCCCAAACACUUUGCUUUUCUUAGUAGAGGAAGGCGGUAAGUCCAGACCUAGCCAUAAUACUGCAGAGCACAUGGUGGAAAGAUGACAGGAGGGGACCAAAUGGUUGGAGAAAGGAGAAACUCUAAGAAUUGUUUUAUUCUCUAGUGAGCUUCAGUAAUGUUUCUGUAUUCCUAUGUAGCAAGAAGCCACCUUCUCAAAAAGAGAUUUUCACCAAGGCAAAAUUCCAUACACUGUGCCAGUGUGAAACAGUUUGCAGUCUGUAUGGUCCUGACCUCCUAAAUCUUAGGAGUCCUUGAAAUCUGGAAACACAGAAAUAAUCAUUCAAAUUAGACUAUUUUGACAUAAAGGAAGAUGUUGGGUGAUAGUAAGUGAGGGAGGUAUGAGGUUUCCUUAAUUAGCAGGGCCAUUUUGGUAUCUGUUGUAGAAUUUGAUAAAAUACACCAUUUCUCAAUGAGUUAUUUCAAAGGCUGCACAUUUGCUCUGAUUCCUGUUUGUACAUGGAAAGGAUAAUAAGGUGUUUGUUUCAGGGUUUUUGUUUUUGUUUUUGUUUUGUAAUGUGGCAUAACAUUCCUAGUUAACCAGAGCUCUGGAAUCUGCCACCUGCUGACCAGAUUUAUAAAAUUUAAAAAAAAAAUAACUUAAUAUGCUGCCUUUAAAUUUAAAAAAACAAAACAAAACAAAACACUUUUCCAAGUGCUGAUCUUAUUUCACUUGCUAGAACAGGCCAUGAUUCUUUUUUUUCCCAUCAAAGUAGCUAAGUUUAAGGACAGGCAAACUGAACUGGCUGAUAACCUCUCUAGCUGUAGAAAAAUUAGAAGCCUUCUAUAGAAAAGUGAAUACUGAAAACCAUCCCAUAAAAUGCAUUUUCCAUUAUCUUCCACUUGUGGCUGUCUAGAGAGAGGCCCAACACCUACAUCGAUUUAUACCUUAAACAUGCGUAAAAUUCUUCCAUUCCUAGCUCUUGGGCCCAAUUUUAAUCUUCUUUUUGUUAUAGGUAGGCGCUAUGUGGUAAUAGGUGGGUGCACCAUACCAAGAUGCUAUGUGGUAAUGACUUCCACUAUUCUCUGCCUUUUUUUAAACUAUGUAAUGGUGGUUAUAAAGCACUGACAAAGGGAUAUGUCCAGUUCAGUUUGUCUGUGGUUAAAGUUUAGCCUUGUGGUUUCCUGUUUUCUCUUACUGAUAUGGAGUGCACUAGCAUACACCACAGAAUGUUCAAGAGAGUAGCUGUAAUACACCUCAUACCUCUGCUUUCAGUUUAUUUUUUGUAAUGCUUGUAUAAGCAUUUACCUUGCUAGAUUCUAUUAAAAAAAGGGGGGGGGUUAAAGCCCACUCGCUGUAUGUUAAUUUGUAAUUAUUGUAAAGUAAAAGUGGUAAAAAAUGUAAAGUUUUUGGGUUUUUUUUUCCAGUGUGUCUUCUGGGAGUUUGCCUCAGCACACUGACUUUGUAACAAGCUUUUAUUUAUCUUCCUUUCUAGUUAUCAGCUUAAAAACUCUUGUAAAGUUCCCUCUCCCCCACCUCAAAAAUAAAUAAAUAAAAAUUUUCUUUUGAGUCUA